GUAUUUAGUUUCAUGUUUUUGUCAAAGUCAAGUCACACAUUAUACCUAUGACAUAAUAAUUUAUUAGUAUUAUUUAUAAUUUUAGGGAUAUUUUAAUCAAAGAUCAUGAAUAAGUUCAAGUUAUCUAGAAGGGGCCGUAAGUUGCAGUCGUCGGACGACCAGAGGAUACUGGUGGCGUUGCCUAAAGAAGUGCCUGAAAGGACAUGGGCAGAGAUCCUUCAAAAAGAAGAGAACGACCUGUUUAUCUAUGAGCUACGGGAGGACAUAAUCGAGGCGGCUAUGAACAUCUGCUACGACAAGUACAUGGAGCAACAGACUGCAGUGUUCACAGUGCACUGCGCGGCCACGGCUUGGUUGAAGCUUAUUAAUUGGGAGUUCUAUCGGCACGACCCGGGGGAGGAACCAAGCUCGUACCCGCCCUGCUUCAUUCCUAGGCGAGUGGAAUCCUGGAUCCCCGACGACCUUCCAGAACCCUCUCCCAAAGACAGCUGGUGCAAGCAAGACCUGCCCGUAGUGGAGGAGACGACGGACGAGGUCCUCCAACAGACCACCAGCAGCGACUCGCUGGAGUUGGUCAAGGUUGAGCCGAUACCUUCGGAAUACUGGUUCCCUGGAAAAGUAAACGUGCCAGAGGAGAUGAAAUGGAGACGAGACAAGCCAGCGUCCGUCAGCGAGAUAAUCUCAAGCUCGGUCUCGAUCAGCACUGACGAGAUGAUGGGCGCGGAGAGUGAGGUCCUCCAGAGAGUGACCGACUACAGCAGCGAGGAACUCUCUCCAACUGACUCCCAGUUCAGCGCGUUGAAGACGACCACGCCGGUGGAGGCGUCUCUGCGCGGCGCCGGCGACUCCGUGGUCGACAAGCUGCGGCCAAAGCGACGGACGGAUAAGAGCAGGAUGUUCAGCAAAUCCAAUAUGUCGGGCCGCUCGAAGAACUUCCUCGCGCCAAUAGAGCUGGGUGACUCCCGCUCACGCAUCAGCGUGAUCUCCGACUGCCGCCUGAGGAACUUGAGACUGGACACACAAUACGAGAUAGCAUCAGAGAAGAUCGACUCACCCCCAGGUGAGGUUGUCAAAAGAAAAUAACAAGAACUUUUUAUAAUGAUAGUUUUCUUAAUUAUUGUUUCCUGAUGGCGCGUGUACACGACAGCGACUUUAAAUCCAAUAUGCAUUUUAAUGAAUAUAGAUUCUAAAUUACGUAUACGCUUUUAUUGCGUAUAACUUGGUGUUACACCUUUCAUUCCUUAUAAUAUAUCGUAUCAUAUCAGUCUCCUAUGUAUGAUACUAUUUCUAUUAAGGCCCUUCGCUCGAGUAAAAACGUCAUACAUUCAAACCUUCCUCAGGAAUCACACUAUGCAUUGGUAAAAACAACAUGAAAAGUCGUAUAACAGUUUUUGAGUUUAUCGAACGGACAGGCGAACAUACGCGUUAGAGAAUUUUGUUUUAUAAUAUGUAAGGAAAGGAUACAGUUUAGAUAGAAGUUAAAACAGGAUCGUGUAAAAUAUAACUCCUAUCUGACAGAUAGAAAGACAAAAUGUGGCAUUUGUAAUUUUAUGGAUUUUGUUUAUUAUACGAGUGGUACAAUAAUUGGAGGUAAAAUAAAUAGCAAAAAAGCUUUCAUUCAUUAUAUAGUAUAAAACAAAUUCGCUUCGCGCUCUCUGUCACUAUGUAUAAGAACACAAGGCAUUAUGAUGAAGAGUUUUUUUUAAGAGAUAGAAUGAUACAAGAGGAAGGUUUAUAUGUAGAUAACAUGCAUAAUAUUGCACCCGUGCGAAGCCGGAGCUGGUCGCUAGUUACACAUAUUGUAGGGUUCCGUAGUAAGAUAAAUGUUUUUAUUAUCAUGUCAGUUUUCUCUUACGAGAUUACAUGUAAACAAUCUUCACAUGUACUUAUUGUUAAAUUAAUUAAAAUUCUAGUUGAAACCUAUACAUUCUAAAGUAAAACAUUUAUUAACCACGAAAGUGAUUACCUAAAAACACCAUUUUAAUUUGUAAAUUGUUUAGAAUCGUAAAAAAAAUUCGUUGGAAUGUUUACAUAAUAAUACUAACAAAAUCUGAGGUUUCGCUGCAUUAUUUAUUGUAUCCAAGAUAUAAAUUGUAGGUAUAUUUAAUUUUUGAACUUUAAAUAUUACUUCAUUACUCACUUUAUAUUGAAGCUGUUAUUUGAAGUAGAAACAAUAGUAAGUUCGAUCGCUAGUGUGUACAGUUUUAUACAAAUUCUUUGUAUUAUAACCCAACAUCGUGUUUAGAGUCGCUGUCUCGUGGACGCACCAAUUUAUAUUUUUCAAAUUAAGUCAUGUACUUAAUGUUAAUUCACAAUUCGCCCCAUUAAGGAAGUACUUUGUUUCAACCAUUCUUGUGCUUGAUAAGACUUCAAGCUGAAUUGGGCUUUGAAUCAUAACACAUAAAGCUUGAUUUGGUUUGACAUCGUAAGUAAUGUACUGAAUAUCUAGACUCUAGAUAUUCUGUAAUUAAACACAUGGUAAAAGUAUAAAUUAAAUAAAUAAAUAAAAUAUCUAUAUUCUAGACCAAUUUUUUGAAAUUGUAAAUCCAAUCUUCAGCUAAAAAGUUCGAAGCGACUAUAGUAAUGGGUCGGGUUGGUUUUAUUGCAAUCAUUAUUUUAUUACGUUAAAAUGAUUGUGUUAGAGUAUUUAUUAACAUUAAAUUGGUUACAACAUAAACA